AUGCAGGAAAAAGAAGCCUCCCCACACGGAUUCCUGCCUAGGUUCCAGCAUUUCGCUACGCAGGCCAUCCACGUUGGCCAAGAACCGGAGCAAUGGACCUCCCAGGCUGUAGUGCCCCCCAUCUCGCUGUCCACCACGUUCAAGCAAGGGGCUCCUGGCCAGCACUCGGGUUUUGAGUAUAGCCGUUCUGGAAAUCCCACCCGGAAUUGCUUGGAAAAAGCAGUGGCAGCACUGGAUGGGGCCAAGUACAGUUUGGCCUUUGCUUCAGGUUUAGCAGCCACUGUGACUAUUACUCAUCUCUUAAAAGCAGGAGACCAAAUUAUUUGUAUGGAUGAUGUGUAUGGAGGUACAAACAGGUACUUCAGGCAGGUGGCAACUGAAUUUGGAUUAAAGAUUUCUUUUGUAGAUUGUUCCAAAACCAAAUUGCUAGAGGCAGCUAUUACACCAGAAACCAAGCUUGUUUGGAUUGAAACCCCCACAAACCCUAGCUUGAAGAUGAUUGACAUUGAAGCCUGUGCACAUACGGUCCAUAAACAUGGAGACAUCAUCUUGGUUGUGGAUAACACUUUUAUGUCAGCAUAUUUCCAGCGGCCUUUGUCUCUGGGAGCUGAUAUUUGUAUGUAUUCAGCAACAAAAUACAUGAAUGGCCACAGUGAUGUUGUAAUGGGCUUAGUGUCGCUGAAUUCUGAGAGCCUUCAUAAUAGGCUCCGUUUCUUGCAAAAUUCUCUUGGAGCAGUUCCAUCUCCUAUUGACUGUUACCUCUGCAAUCGCGGUCUGAAGACUCUACAAGUCCGCAUGGAGAAGCAUUUCGAAAAUGGAAUGGCAAUUGCUCAGUUUUUGGAGUCGAAUCCUCAGGUGGAAAAAGUUAUUUAUCCUGGGCUGCCUUCUCAUCCUCAGCAUGAGCUAGCUAAGCGUCAGUGCACAGGUUGCCCGGGGAUGAUCACCUUUUAUAUCAAGGGCUCUCUUCAACAUGCUGAAACUUUCCUCAAGAACCUAAAGUUAUUUACUCUGGCUGAGAGCUUGGGAGGAUAUGAAAGUCUUGCUGAGCUUCCGGCAAUCAUGACCCAUGCAUCAGUGCCUAAGAGCGACAGAGAAGUCCUUGGAAUUAGUGAUACACUUAUUCGACUCUCGGUGGGCUUAGAGGAUAAACAAGACCUACUGGAUGAUCUAGAUCAAGCUUUGAAGGCAGCUCACCCUCCAAAUGCAAGCUGCAACUAG